CUUUCUAUAGCUGCUAUGAAAAUCUAUACCAAGACAGGCGAUAAAGGUACAUCCAGUUUAUACAAUGGUGAACGACGUGACAAGGACGAUAUAAUAUUUGAAGCUCUUGGUACCACCGAUGAACUCUCUUCUCAUAUUGGGUUGGCAAUGGAAUAUCUUGAAAAUGAUAGCUUUCUCACGGAACGCUUGGAAAAGAUACAAUGUUCGCUACAAGAUAUUGGUUCCAAUAUUGCUACUCCUCGUGAAAGAUCCAACACCAAUCGCUUAGAACGAACGUCAUUUGAUCCAGAAGGAAAACUUGUAUUAGAAUUAGAACAGUGGAUUGAUUUCAUGGAUGAAGAGUUACCUCGAUUGACAAAGUUUAUUUUACCAUCUGGAGGAAAAGCAAGUGCUACAUUACAUGUGUCAAGAUCUGUUUGUCGUAGAGCUGAACGACGCGUGCAACCAUUGACUCGGGAGCAUCUUUGUGAUGACAGUGUUGCCAUCUAUUUAAACAGGUUGAGUGAUUUUUUAUUCAAUGCAGCUAGAUUAGCGGCGAAACGUCAAGGCAAAGAAGAAAAGGUCUAUGUGAAACCAAAAUAAGGAACAAUGGAAAACAAAAAAAAAAACCGCUCAAUUUCCCUCAAUCGCCCAUUCAACUCUUGCC